UUUACAAAAAUUUGCUCUAAAUUAAUUAUUUAUUCCUAAACAAAGCCCAAAUGACCAUAAUAUGGCUUACAAAGAGGGCCCGGGAAUGGAUAGUGGCCGCUGAAAGGCUGAUGAUUCACCCGCGCACGUUAGCAACUGCCGCCGCAUCGCCACCUUCUUUUUUGACCACCCGUGUUCUCUACCCAUAUUCUUCUCGCCUUAACCUACGCCAAACCGCCAUCUUAAACUUCACCACCAUGAACACCAACAACGCCCAAUUGGACACCAUUUUCAAGCAAAAAAAGAUCCUCCGUAGCAAAGUCAGAAAAGACCUCAAGUCCAUGGAUCCCACUCUCAGAUCUCAAGAAGAUGAUGCAAUACAAAGUAUAAUAUUGGAAGCUCCAUGGUUCAAGUCUUGUAAAGGACUGUGUGCCUAUAUAAGUUGUAGUGCUCUAAGAGAAGUUGAUACUUCUAAAGUGUUGUCUGAAAUUCUAAAGAACACAGAUCAAGAUGAUCAUUCACAGGUGAGCAAAAAGUUGUAUGUUCCUAGAGUAGAGGACAAGAAUAGUCACAUGCGGAUGCUGAAUAUCUCUAGCAUGAAUGAUCUAAUUGCGAAUUCCAUGGACAUAUUGGAGCCCGCUCCUGUUGAUGCUAAGGGAAAUGAACGCCAAGAUGUCAUGUUUGCCGAUGAACCUGUGGACUUGUUCCUCUUACCUGGGCUUGCCUUUGACAAAUCUGGUAGGCGCUUGGGCCGUGGUGGAGGUUAUUAUGACACUUUCCUUACGAAGUACGAGGAGCUCGCAAAGGAUCGCAAAUGGAAGAGACCUUUAUUUGUUGCUCUUUCUUAUUCGCAGCAGAUAUUGGAUGAAAACAUUAUACCAAUGACCCCAAACGAUGUCCUCGUGGAUGCUCUCGUGUCAUCCUCUGGUGUGAUCCCCAUUAGUUCAGCUGCACAGGCAAUGUAUUCCUGAUAAAAGGUUACAGGAGCGGUCACCCCUGAUGUUUGUCUGAGUUUUUCCAAAGCUGCAUUGGAUGAGUGUCACCCGAAGAUUUCCUUUAUGCCACUACGUUUCUUUUUUUCAUGUAAUAAAGCUGAUGAUAUUGCGGUGUGGUUAGACUGGCUGAUAUGUAUGACGAGUCAUAUUGCUUCAAGCCUUUAAGGUUGCAUGUAUUUGAAACUUGAAAGUGGGUUUUUUACAUUGAUUCAAAACUUGCUAUAGAGCUUUGGACUUCUUUGUAGAUCUACUAAUGUAACCGGACAAAUGAAGAAAAAAGAUAUAUGCAUUCGACUUCAAAUUUAUUAAAGGUUUAGAUUUU